GUUUAAACGAGCUCGAGGCGUCAGCUUUUCUAGCUCUUUGCGGUGGAUAGUACUAAAUUACCCCAUCUUCACGAAAGACCGAGCAUUUGCCUUGCCUUUCAAGAGUUUGUUAUCAAGAAUGGCACAGGAAGGGACCUCAGAGAAAAGUUCUGCGGAUGCCUCGACAACUGAAGUUGGUCAGAUUAUAUUUGGUGCAAAAAACUUGGAGUAUCAGAUCGAAGAAUUUGUCAGUUCCGGUGGCCAGACAAUUAAUAUCUUCCUGAGUGGCAAGACAGGAGUUGGCAAGUCUUAUUUGACAAAUGCGCUUAUUGGAGAAAACGUAGCAGCAGAAGGAUAUGACAUCGACCCACAAACUGAUAACGUAACUGCUUACGAGGUUGUCAAAAACGGCAUAAGUAUCACUGUGUUCGACACUCCGGGACUUGCAGACGCAACCGGCAAUGAUGAAGAAUAUCUGCGGAAAAUCAAGGAGAAAGUAACCCACCUCGACCUGUUUCUCUUCUGCACUGAGAUGACCAGUAGGAGAUUCCGCACCGACGACUUGGAGACGAUAAAGAAGCUUACAGAAACCUUGGGGGAGAAACUUUGGGAACAUGCUCUGGUGGUUUUAACCUUUGCCAACGAAGUCUCACUAUUGCCAGCCAAGAAGAAGGAUAACGUACCUGAAGUAACCUUUUUCAAUGACCGCUUUUUAGCUUUCAAGAAAGCGAUAAAGAAACAUUUGGUUGCUAUCGGAGUACCUGAGAUAACAGUGACUAAUGUGCCAUUUACGCCAGCCGGGGAGUUGGAUGAUCCUAGACUUCCAGAUAGAGAAGACUGGUUAACAGCAUUUUGGAUCGCAGCUUUCAAACGUAUCAACAGGAACGCAAAAGCUGCUUUCCUGAUGGCAAAUGUCGACCGUAUUUCAUUUUCUUCCACCUUUGGUGAGGGAAACGAAGAAAACAAAGUAAGAAAAGAUGGCAAAGUUGUCAAUCUUGGCCAGUCCAGUAACGUAUCCAUGGAAGAAAGUAAUGCAAUGAAAGAAUUCAGAGCGAAAUUGAAAAAGAACGACUUUGACAAAAGAUUGAGCCGCUGUUUGGAGAAAACUGAGACGUUUGAUGGACCUGAAGAGGAGUGCCCCACAUCAGCUGGCCAAGAUGCAAAGGUGUCAGGUCCCUCCAUCAAUGUGGAUGAAACUUACUCUGAAGAACUCAUUAAGGAGAUGUUGGGCGAUGUACCAGUGCAGUUAGUCGAUGAGCUGGCCGGUGAUAACUUUGAUAGAAAGUACCAAACAUUGUUCGACCGACUAACAAAGUACUUUAAGAAGUCUUACCCAACUUCCUGACCCAUUUUAACUUUAAAGGCUUGAUCAGAAGGCGUGUAGAAAUGAUUAGGUGGUGACCUAGAGGAUGAAAAAGAAAAACUGUGUGCCAUUAAAAAUAUCAACUAGUUAGACUAUGAAGGUAUAAUCUAUUAACGAGAAUGAACUCUGUAUACUUAAAAGGUUCAUGCUGCGAUUCUGAAAUCAAACGUGCUGUAGGAUAAAGGUUCAGAUAGAUUGCAUGUUGUAUGUAAGCUCGCUAGAGGUCCAAGCGAUUUUUUGUUUCAAGGUAAGACGUGUUUCAAGCAUCUGCAUAUAAAGUUGUUAAGUACAAUAA